AUGCAGGAAGAGAGCUGCAUGCUCACCUCUUUCAAUGUAACGAAACUCAUGAAACUCCGAGUAUCUCCGUAUCUGGUCACAAUUCCAAAUUUGGAAAAGGUAGAGACCGGCUCAUGUCUCCCACAUCAUCAUCUUGUGUUUCCCAUUGCCAGUCCAACCCUCCUCUGUGCUUUGGUAGAGAUCUCACCCGUACUUAGCAAUAUAAUGAAAUAUGACAAAUUGCAGCCUCCGAAAGAGGAUGACUCGGAUCAUGAUGUGAAUGAAACUUUACUUCACGACGAAGAAUUGUCUUCCGGACCUAAAACACACCGCCAGGCCAUCAGUCGCCGAUGGAUAUGGCCCUGCAUUUUCAUCUUUGAAAACAUUUUCAUCGUCAUCGUUCUGCUCAUUCUUUGGAAGAGAGUUGUCCCGGCACCUACAAAUCUGAACUACCAAGUCCUGACUGCAGACAACAAGACCUAUCCGUCGGGUCCUUUGUCCUGGUCUCAACAUUUUGAGGCUCUACCAUGUGGGAGAACACCUGAAGAAGCUCGAGCCCGAGGAUGUGAAUUUGACAUGCUGGUCACGGCAUGGCUACCACCCCGAUGUAUCGAUCGCGAAUUAGUGGACGAAUUCCAGGCCUUAGGUGAAUGGGAUUUCUAUACAAAAUAUCAUGGUGUGGAAGGGGAUAAAUUUGGCUCAUAUGAUCCCGAUUUCUUGGGAUCAGUCAAUCAGACUAUCUAUACCGAGAGACGAUGGCACAUCACUCAUUGUCUCUUUAUGUUCAAGAAGUUGACCAGAGCGCUGGUUAAUGGGUGGCCGGUGGAUGCUGAGGCAGUUUCAGAGCCUCAUACAGAACAUUGCAUGAAGACGUUCACGGAGCAAAUGUUGUUUGGGCCUGCGCUUGAUCUUGACGAGGUAGAAACGUACUUGGAGAUUAUCUACCCACCAUGUUGA